AUAAUCAUGUUAUGCGGCACUCAGGAAAAACCUUUACCGAUAUUCAAAAAAAAAUGGAGACCCGCUAAAAUUUGUGAUCGGACGACAUUGCUGGCUAUUCGUCGUCCAACAGCCGCAUCAAAAUUCAGAGAUAGUGUACCACGCCCCAAUUAUCGGCCACUAAAAAUCUGUCUUCCAUCAUGGGAAUCUAGAAAAUUGGACGAAAAAAUUCCAAUGUAUCACGGAUACACUCCAUCUGGUCCAAUUGUAUUCCACAGAGGGCUUAUGGGGAAGGAUCCUUUUCAAUCAGAUAUUAAAUUAAGUUUUAUGUUAAACAACUUAAAUGAAAUAGCACACAGGUAUAAUCCAUUACACGAUCCGCAUUUAAAACACUGGGUGAAUUCACCAAUUAAUCGAAAAUUUCUGCAAAAACAAGGACUCAUUACAGAAGACAAAGAUGUGAUUUGCAGCCUAAGUGAAUACAAUGAGUACAGGCGAUUUUUAUUAUGCGUACAUAAUGAUUUGAUAGCGCAUAAACUAAAACUUAAAAAAUCAGAAAAUGAAGAUCGCAAUAAAAUAGCCAUUGCAAAUUUUAAUCAUAGAAAAGAAUUAAUAAAAAAAUUAAAUCUUUUGAAGUAUGAUAAGUCAAAAAAUAAACCACAAAAUGUAACAAAUAAAAGAAACCAUGUUAAGCCUAUAUGCAAACUUUCAAAUAAAGAAAGAAAAUUACCAUUUAAGAAAAUUGAAACGUAUACUAUAUUUGGAUCCGGCUUGGGUGGUUUAAUUGAUCAAAACAAGUAUAAACGUACCUUUAUUAAAGGUUCCCCAAAUGAUUACUAUUUAUUGGGAUUGUUUGAUGAUUUUUUUAAGCAACAAAAAGAUGCAAAAUAAAAUGUAAAACAAUUUCAAUAGAAAUCAUUUGGAGAACUUUUUAUAAAGGGUUUAAAUGCUAAUAAACAAGAUAAAUCAUUUUUAAAAAAAAGCCAAUCAA